AUGCGAUGGGUGAACUAUCUUAGGCCUGGUAUUAAGAGAGGUAACAUUUCUGCGGAUGAAGAAGAUCUGAUUGUGAGAUUACAUAAACUUCUCGGAAACAGGUACAUAUAUAUACACAUAAUAUGGAAGAUUAAUCUACACAUCGACCAUAUAAGUUUUGGUAGGGCUAAACGUUGUGGGAAGAGUUGCAGGAUGCGAUGGGUGAACUAUCUUAGGCCUGGUAUUAAGAGAUGUAACAUUUCUGCGGAUGAAGAAGAUCUGAUUGUGAGAUUAUUACAUAAACUUCUCGGAAACAGGUGGUCCUUGAUCGCUGGAAGAAUUCCAGGGCGGACAGACAAAGAGAUCAAGAACUACUGGAACACCCAUUUAAGCAAGAGAUCAUCCUCAGAUCAAGAACUACUGGAACACCAUAAACCUAGUAUUAAUCCGAAAAAUCAACAUAAUGAGAAAGGAUUAAUACCAUCAGAUCAGUCUCACCAGGCUAAGGCGAUUAGACCAAAACCUUUCAAGUGCACAAAGGUUGAUGUGGGCAUCCCAUCGCAUCUUCAAGAUGACCAAGAUCAUCAAAUCAUGGUUGACACAACAGUUCCUGCUGGUUCCUCAUCCAACAAUGACCUGUUGAUAUUGGACUUGCUAAACAGUACGGAAUUCCAGCAAGUCCAAAUGAAGGACUGGCAAGUGGCUAUGGUGGAGAAUUAUUUGAGGGGUAGCCCCAUUAUUGCUGCUGUCGAUUGA